UUCAUGUGUUGUAACUUUGGAUUGUGAAUUCUGUUAUACCAUAUUUACUAAAGACACCAAAGUUAGACUCAGCUGAUCCUGGUUAAGUCUCGAAGAGUCUGUUGGAUUUACAACCCACUGUAACUUCCAGCUGCCCUGGGCACUAUUUAAGACGCAAGAGAGAAAAAAAUUAUGAAAAUAGAGGUUUGGCAGCUUUGACAAUUUGGAAGUUGCGAUGGACCUCUCCUCUCCUAUAGAUGUUUGGAAUAGUGCCACCAUGACAGGAGACUGAUAAACAACCAGCAUUCACCUGCUUUGCUAUAAAUUUGGGCAAGUUACUCUCUUCUCAAGGUCACCAGGGUUCUUUGCCUGCUUGGCCCUAAGAGGAUAAAUCCCAAUGAUCCUCUCUAGGACUUUCACUAGAUGAGCUCAGCAAUCAAGGACAAUAUCAUUUUCAAGGUAUGGAUCCUAACGAUGACCUCAAUGAAGAUAAUCUUACAAGUUAUGAUAUUCAGCUUAGUAUUCAAGAAUCCAUUGAAGCCAGUCAGCCCAUAUUUCAUCCUGAAAGAUUUGUGCCACUAAGUGAUCAAAACAGAAAACUUGUGGAGGCUAUAAAUCAAGGUCACAUCCUUGAGCUCCAGGAAUGUAUGAAAUACAAAUAUGCACUGGAUGAAGCUGAUGAGAAAGGAUGGUUUCCACUGCAUGAAGCUGUUAUUCAGCCCAUUCAACAGAUACUUGAAAUUGUCCUGGAUGCAUCCUAUAAGACUCUCUGGGAGUUCAAGACCUAUGAUGGAGAAACGCCCUUGACUUUGGCAGUCAAAGCUGGUCUGGUGGAAAAUGUAAAGACUUUAUUGGAAAAGGGAGUAUGUCCCAACACCAAAAAUGAUAAAGGAGAGACACCUCUUCUGAUUGCUGUUAAAAAGGGCUCCUUUGACAUGGUAUCUGCUCUGAUUAAACACAACACCAGCCUUGACCAACCCUGUGUCAAGCGAUGGUCAGCAAUGCAUGAAGCAGCCAAGCAAGGCCGAAAAGACAUCGUAUCUCUGCUGCUAAACCACGGAGGCAACGUCCACCUGAGAGAUGGAUUUGGAGUCACACCGCUCGGUGUUGCCGCAGAGUAUGGUCACUGUGACGUUUUGGAACAUCUAAUCCACAAAGGUGGUGAUGUGUUCGCUUUGGCGGAUGAUGGGGCAUCGGUGUUGUUCGAGGCGGCGGGAGGUGGGAAUCCUGACUGCAUUGCUCUCCUGCUGGAGUACGGAGGAAGUGGAAACAUACCCAACAGGGCAGGGCAUCUCCCCAUACACCGAGCUGCCUAUGAGGGACACUAUCUUGCAUUGAAAUAUCUUAUCCCAGUAACAUCCAAACAUGCAAUUCGGAAAAGUGGGUUAACUCCGGUUCACUCAGCAGCAGACGGGCAGAACGCACAGUGCCUAGAACUGCUCAUUGAAAGUGGUUUCGAUAUCAACACCUUACUUGCUGAUCAUAUUUCCAAGAGCUAUGAUGAUGAGAGGAAGACCGCACUGUACUUUGCCGUUUCUAAUAACGACAUCCGCUGCACAGAAGUCCUUCUGGCUGCAGGUGCAGACCCGAACCUGGAUCCCCUCAACUGUCUCCUUGUGGCGGUGAGGGCCAGUAACCAUGAAAUUGUCCGGUUGCUUCUCUCACACGGAGCUAAUGUCAAUUGUUAUUUUAUGCAUGUGAAUGACACCCGUUUCCCCAGUGCCAUUCAAUAUGCCCUGAAUGAUGAAGUCAUGCUGAGGCUAUUGCUGAACAAUGGCUAUCAGGUGGAGAUGUGCUUUGACUGCAUGCAUGGGGACAUCUUUGGACACUCAUUCGUGUGGUCUGAGACAGAGGAAGAGGUACUGCCAGGAUGGACGUCUUGUGUGAUAAAAGACAACCCGUUCUGUGAGUUUAUUACAGUUCCUUGGAUGAAACACCUGGUAGGCAGCGUUAUUCGUAUAUUAAUCGAUUAUGUGGAUUAUGUGCCUCUGUGUGCUAAACUGAAGUCUGCACUAGAAGUACAGAGAGAAUGGCCAGAGAUACGCCAGAUACUGGAGAAUCCUUGUUCACUGAAGCAUUUAUGUCGGUUAAGAAUUCGAAGACUUAUGGGACUCCAGCGCCUCUGCCAGCCAGCCUCUGUGGAGAAGCUCCCUGUACCACCAGCUAUUCAAAGAUAUAUAUUAUUCAAAGAGUAUGAUCUCUAUGGACAGGAGCUAAAAUUGCCAUAACUUAAGAAUCUUUUAAAAUGUGAUUUCUGAAAUUUUUUAAAAUGUGAUUCCUUUAAAAUGUGAGAAUUUAUUGGAACCACUUAACAUCCUUAAGUGUAUUUAAAUCCACUGACAAUCAUGUAGGUAUAUUGUGUCCUUCUGGGAGUGGUAAAGACAUUGAGUUUUGGAAAGACAGUACCGUAUCUGGGUUUCUGGUGGUUAUCAUCACCUGCUACAAACCUUUAAAUUCUCCCCAUCACCUGGCUCCUACAAUAACCAUAAAUGACUUUUUAUGUUUUAGAAAGCAAAUCACUACUUUGCUAAACCUGCAUCUCCUGCCAGUUGUGGGGUCCAUUUCGCCUCUGCCUUCGAAAGGCCAGUGUGUGAAAGAGCUCCUUCCUGCUGGCAGGUUCACACCCUGGCUUCAUACCUGCUGCCCCCACAGCUCUUUGCAAGGUUCCUGACAACCGCUUGUUGCUAAAUCAAAUGCACCUCUCAGCCCCUCUCCCCAUCCAUGCCGACUGCGUCUGACGCUGUUGGCUGCUGCUUCCUGAAAUGGGACCUCCUUCCUUGGUCUUCACUAUGCGGAUGCCUUGGUUUCUUGGCUCUGCUCCUGCCCCCUUGGCUGCUCUGUCUUCUUUCACACUGCUCAUCUCCCGUCAGUCUUGUAGUAAUGUUUUCCCUGGGAUAGUUCAUCUACUGCAAGAUUGCCGUCAUUUUGCUGAUGACCCCAAGACUUAUUUCCACCCUCGGCUCUUGCUCUCCUGUGCUGGAGACCUGUAUAGACAAACGGCCCAAAGGGCACUUGAACACAAAGAUGCUUCAAAUUCAACAGGUCCCCAAGCGAACUCACGGUGUUCCUCCACAAAAGGGCUCUUUCUCUUACAUUCCCAAUUUCAUUAGUUAGAACAAUGAUUAAUUCCUUUUCCAAAGGAAAAAGACUGCAUCAGCGAUGGCCACCGCACUUCCUCACCCACUGUAACAAAUCCCCAAUCCCACUAAGUUUGUCUCUUGAAAUAGCCUUUUUCUGCUCAGGCUCAUCAGUUUGAUCCUAAGCCUGACUGUGAUCUCCUCUUUCCUGGGGUGAUACGGUGACACUCAUCUGCUUGCUGGCGGCUGUCUUACCCUGCCCCGCACAUCCUCUGCACACAGAAUACCGGAAUUGCCUUUUAGAGAUGUGAGUAGAGUUUAAAAGUAAAAUCAUUCUCAUUUCUCACAGGAUAAAGUCCAGAGUCCCCAGGUGGACUCCGCGGUCUCCCCUUGCCGCCCUCCUUGCCUCACCUCUGAUGCCCUCUUCCCUCCCUCCCUUUAACUGUAGGCUCUCCAGAGGUUUACUCUUCCACCAGUGACUCCCCAGACUUUAAAGUUGUAGACACAAUUAGUUUUGGCUUUCUUAGUUCUAAAAUUGGGUCCUCUAUUUUUUAAAAAUGCCAUCUACUGUCACCAUUAUUUCAUAAGAGCGAUCAGUUCUUAGAAUGCCAGAAAGUGAGACAUCGCAAGCUGAGACAUGAGAGCUGAAUGGCUUUAGUGCUGGACACAGGGACCCCACUGCUUCUUUUCCCUGUGGACGAGUGAAAACCUCGCUGUGGCCUAGUGAGUUAUAUGAGAACUUUUGAGAAUCCUGCUGUAGAUAGAUAAAGGUUUUUGCACCUCAAACCUGUGCAUUUACUUCUCCUCUGCGUGGAACCUUCUUUCCAUUUCUAUCUGCUUGUCUUUGCCUGGCUAACUCACCCUGACCCUAAGGCCUGGACUGAGAGGUUACUUCCUGUAGGACGCGAGGCCCCUCCCCAACACUUCUCAUCUUGAACUGUGGGAAACUCUGGGCCCAUCUAGCUUCCCCACCAGACUGCAAGCUCUGUCAGGGCAGCGUCUACUUCUGCCUGAUUCCCAGUCUCCCCUCCGGGCCAAACACAUUCCCUGGAGCACGAAUGUUAUACAAGACCCAGACAGAAAUAAUUGGUGACCUCAUGGUGAAAUGACACUUUCAAAUUUCUGAAUUGCUUGGAUAAUAUUAACAAUGUGAUUAUUGAAAUUUAUUAUUCUUAGAUUUUAAUAGUGUACUUUUCUAAUAUUUUAAUUUUUAUCUUGCAGGACUAUAUUCUUUUAAUCGUAAUGCCUCUGUGGUUUGUACUUUUUUUCAGUUACAGUUAGUGUCAGUUAUCUUUACAACACAAGUGUAAAAAACUGUUUAAUUAGGGCUAUAGUUUAAGCCUAGUGUAUUCUCUAGAGGAUAUAUUCUUAUAUAAAUUAAACUUUAAUGUAUUUAACUUGAGCUGUAUUGUUUUGUGUACACAACUUCUUGUGGCUUUCUUACUCAUGGUUAAAAUGUGUUGUUACCUACAAACAUUGCUGUGAAUAAAUAAAAAUUUGAUAACUGAC